AUGUGAACGGUUUAUUUAUUGAAAUUAUUCUUAAGAUUAUUUAUUUAUUUUUUUCUUCAUUUCUUGUAUAUACACACGCGUACAUGUGUUGCUUACAAAGUGAAACGCGUUAAAAUACACACACAGCCAGCAACAACAACAAAAAGUGUUCAAUAUACGACGACGACACGACGCGCGACAAAUGAAAAAUUAUCGCUUAAUGUCUCGCUAAAAAGAAGAAAAUCAAUCAUUUAUAAUAUAAUAAUAUAAUAUUUAUUUAAUUUAAUGUGACCUAAAAGUGUGAUUAUUUAUUUAUCAAUAUAAGCAAAAUAUAAUUUUCAAAAAAUAUUUCAACAACGACGUAAAAAAAUACUUGGAAAGAAUAAAAAAACGCUCUGUUCGAGAAAAAUCGUUGAGAAAAAAAUAAACUGUGUUAUCAGUGCUCUAAAAAAAAAUUAUUUUUUUGAUAUUCAUUUUGGAUAAUUAACGAGGAGUGACGGAAAAUGGCUUACGAAAUGAUGUAUUUUCAAAAGGAAGCUGCUUCACAGAUCUCCAUGGACAUUUACGCCUCGUAUGCCGACAGUUUUGACUUGUCUCUGUUGAAAAAUGUGACAGACGAGAAGAAAGAAAAUAUUUCGCAGAUGUCACCCGAGUACAUUCCCGCGACGAUUUACCCUGAUUCGAUGCAAUCACUGAAAAAGUCGCUCGCCUGGAACCAACCGCAACAAGUCACUGACGUUCCCAUGGAAGAAGAUCCGUGCGCGAUGUUUUCCGCCCAAAAUAUCCACAAUUACAAACAGAAUUUCUACUCGUAUCCAUUACCGAGCCCACCCCAAGAGACGACAGUUUCCUCGUCAACAGCAUCGCCGCCCGCCUACCAAUUCUUCAACAGCGCCGGCAGUCACGUGAAUAUCAAACAAGAGCACAUAAUUCUGCCUCCGUCGCCGCCCGAAUCGGAUGCCGCGUUCGAAUCGGAUGCGGAUGUCGUGAAAAAUGAGCCCACAGAACAAAACACAGCAACAGCAACGACGACCACAGAGCCUCCGAGCUGCAUCGACAUUGAAUAUUUUUUGAAAAGUUCAUUUGAUUCUAUGAAUCAGUCAACGUUAGCGAGUAAUAGUAGUAGUAUAAGUGAUAAUGAUAGCGAUAAGAAAGAUCAUCAGCUGCUAAGAGAGUGCCUGCAAGACACUUCGUUCCAGAAGAAGCACAAUCUUAGACCCGUUGCCUUGGAGUCACUUUUCAACACGAAUUGCGGAUGGAAUUUGCGCGGCGAUAUUGAGCCCGUGAUUUCGCUCGCACUCGAACAAGCCAAAUGUGAUAUUCAGGCAACGUGUGCUGCAUUAGAUAUCUCACCUGAUCCGAAAGAAUGGACCACCGAACAAGCCCAUUUGUGGCUCCGAUCCACAAUUCAGCAAUUCAAACUUCCCGCCAUACCGAAUAUGGAGAACAUUUUUCCAGAAAAUGGCGAAGAAUUGUCACAAUUGAGUGAAGAUGAAUUUAUCGAAAGAUGUCCCCAGGCUGGAAGUACCUUGCAUGGUCAGCUUGAGGUAUGGAUUGCCGCAUGUCCUGAUGUUUCAUACACACCAACGACGAUUGAAAGUCUCGGAAGCGAGACAAUUGUUGAAAAUCCCUCCGAUAUUUGUAUGAGCACUGUUAUUAAAAGUGAAAUUGAUGAAACCUCAAUUGCCUCACCGUUAUCUACAGUGUCAUGCAACAACAUUUCAACCACCGUCGCGCCAUCUUCACCCUCAGCGCAAGCACCUGCGAGCACAUCCAAGACAUCCACAGCAAAUUCAACAUCAUCAACGACGACGACGACAGCGACAUCAACAGCUACCCGUCAAGGCAGUGCCCACAUACAUUUGUGGCAAUUCCUCAAGGAAUUGUUGAGUGCACCACAAACCUACGGAACCGCACUUCGAUGGAUCGACCGAAAACAGGGCAUCUUCAAGAUCGAGGACAGCGUUCGCGUGGCCCGCUUAUGGGGUCGUCGUAAAAAUCGCCCCGCGAUGAACUACGACAAACUCUCACGAUCGAUACGACAAUACUACAAGAAGGGCAUCAUGAAGAAAACUGAGCGAUCGCAACGACUCGUUUAUCAGUUUUGUCAUCCGUACUUCUUGUAGAUUUUAUCAGCUAUUAUUAUUUUUAUACGAUUAUUAUUACUUUAGAAUCACACUGAACCCACAUUAAAUUAUUUAUUAUAUUUAAAAAUAUUUAUUUCAAUUGAAAUGCACGCGAGAUUCUUUAUUAUAAAAAGAGAGAAAAAAAAAUUAGCAAAAGGCGCGAAUAUUUUGCGACCUUGCUGAUGGACAAUUAAAAAAAAAUAUUUUGUUUCUAUUAUGGAACGUUAUUAAACACAAUUAUUAUACAUUAAACAAAUUUUAAUGGAAACGCUAUCAAACGGGGUUCGUUUUACACAGAAGCACUGGGACGUCAAUAAUUAGGGGCGGCAUCCACGCACUUGCAUUACGGACCAUUAUUUUAGCGAGUCCAUUAAAACUUUAUUAAUAAUAUUUUUAUUAUUAUUUUUCGUGGAUAAUAUUUAUCCAUUUUUUAUUACAAAUAUCACAUUAUAUAAUAUUAUUAUACUCACAAAAAAAAAUUAGUUUAGUUUUAUUAAACAUUAUAUACAUUAUUAGGGUAUUAAGGAGGAUCAUAAUUAUAUUAUCAUAACCCAUUAUUUUAUUUGUUUGUAAUAAAUGGCAGCUUCACAAAGCAUCUCGCCACAGCAAAAAAGGGAUCCUCAUGGGAGAUGUUUGGUGAACCUUCAUUUCACAAACAAACUAAAAAAACAUUAAUUAUCUAAAUAAUUUUAAUCACAUGUUAUUUUUGUGAAAAAAAGUUAUCUAAAUUUUGUUUUGAUUCCCCAAAGGUGUGAUUGAGUGAACCUCGACAAUUGUUGAUGCGCAUCGAGAAACUCUAUGAAAAAAUUGGAAUCAAGAUAAAAUUUAGUUUAAAGUUUAA